UUUGAUAAUCGCUGUCUAUGCAGAGUUACAAUCGGGAUCUCUUCUUAUUCCUAUACUUUCUUCUCAUCAUAGUUUCCGCAAUAACUUCUUUCAAGAUACACAGUGAUAAGUCAUCAUUCUCGGGAAAAUCCAUUCUUUACUUGAAUAGGCAUCAAACUGAGGAGUGGAAAGGUUGGAUGCAGGUGUUAUUUUUGAUGUACCAUUAUUUUGCUGCUACAGAAAUCUAUAAUGCAAUCCGCAUUUUUAUUGCUGCAUAUGUGUGGAUGACUGGUUUUGGUAAUUUUUCCUAUUAUUAUGUACGCAAAGACUUCAGUCUUGCAAGAUUUGCUCAGAUGAUGUGGCGGCUUAAUUUCUUCGUGAUCUUUUGCUGCAUUGUCCUCAACAACAGUUAUAUGCUAUACUACAUUUGCCCAAUGCAUACCCUCUUCACUCUGAUGGUAUAUGGUGCACUGGGUAUUUUGAACAAGUAUAAUGAGAUUGGAUCAGUAAUAGCCCUUAAGAUUGUCGCCUGCUUCUUGGUAGUUAUUCUUGUAUGGGAAAUUCCAGGAGUUUUUGAAAUUGUUUGGAGUCCAUUCACUGUCUUCCUUGGUUACGCUGACCCUGCAAAACCUCAAUUGUCUCGCUUGCAUGAGUGGCAUUUCCGUUCAGGCCUUGAUCGUUACAUAUGGAUUAUUGGAAUGAUAUAUGCAU